GAUUAUUGAUAAUUUUAAUAUCUGUUAUCAAUAAUUCCUCUCAUCCAUAUCCUGUACAAGAAUUGUUUCGUACAUAUACCGUACAUAGAGUAACGUUUAAUCCACGGGGAUAUGAUAUAAUAAAAAAAAUAUGCAUUCAUUGGUACGAUUAUACUCAACAAGAGAAAUGGACUGAUUUGGACAUAGCAACCGAAUUCCAACUUAAAACAUCUCCGAGGAUAUAA